GCCACAUUGAUGGAGGACGUUCGUAGUCUGAGUAUUAUAGGCCAGCGUACUUUCGACGCGGACUCCUUUGGUUAUGAUCGCUUAGGCGAGAUUGCCCAGGUUGCUGAGCGAGCAUUGUCCGUCAAUGCAACGAAUGUUGUACGUCACGAUCUCGAUAGGCAUGUUGAGGUUAAUGACAUUUUGAGUCAAGAACUUGCACCUGUAGACCCGACCCAGCAAUAUCCACCACCCAGACCUCCGAGGCGUUAG